AUGAUGUGUGGGGUGAAGCGCGCGGCGGUGAUUGGUGGGGGGAUUAGCGGGAUGAUGUCAGCAUACGUAAUGGCAAAAGAAGGUAUUGAAGUGGUGUUGUACGAGAAGGAGGCUUGCUUGGGUGGCCACGCAAACACUGUUACCGUUAACGGUACCCAACUCGACAUAGGCUUCCAAGUGUUUAACAGAGUUACGUACCCUAACAUGAUGGAAUUGUACGAGAGCCUUGGAGUCGACAUGGAGCCGUCUGACAUGUCUUUCUCAGUGAGCUUGGCCGAUGGCCAAGGCUGCGAAUGGGGGACCCGCAGUUUUUCUAGCUUAUUCGCGCAAAAGAAGAACAUUUUCAAUCCAAAAGAGCUAAACAAUAACGAAGACAUCGACCGUAACGAGACAUUGGGGCACUUUGUUCGGUCGCGCGGUUAUUCGGAAUUAUUUGAGAAGGCUUUUCUCAUUCCGACUUGUGCUUCUAUAUGGUCGUGCCCCAAGGAAAUCAUGGACCUCUCGGCUUAUUCCGUACUUUCUUUUCUACGUAAUCAUCAUGCAUUGCAAGUAAGUCAUUACAUACGAAUAUCUAUUAUACGGUGGCACAUUUUGAUAUUUGUAGCUCAUUUACUUAAUAUUGAUAAAGAAGGACUUCCUUUUUUCUCGACCCUAAAUCCACCUUACGAACCGGAAAACACAGUGCUAAAGUGGUCGACUAGCCACCCAAUUCCAUCAGUUGGCGCAACAAAAGCUUCAGCUGAGCUCAAUUGCAUUCAAGGCAAACGAAGAAUAUGGUUUUGUGGAGCAUUUCAAGGCUAUGGCUUCCAUGAGGAUGGACUAAAGGCUGGUGCACUAGCUGCAAACAGUUUGCUGAGAAAAGACUUCACACUUCAACAAAAUCCUAAGUACAUGACAACAUCUUGGUCUGAAGCAGGGGCCCGACUUCUCGUGACUCGUUUACUGGAAGAAGGGGGCACGAUUUUCACCUUUGAAGGAAGUGAUAAAUCGUGCACUUUAAAAGUCUCUUUGAGGAUACAUACACCCCAAUUUUACUGGAAGAUUGCAAAAGAAAGUGAUUUAGGCCUUGCUGAUGCCUACAUUAAUGGAGACUUCACGUUCGUGGACAAGAAGAAAGGCCUUCUCAACCUUUUCAUGAGCAAUGAGCUCUUCUCUCUGUUCUUGGAUGAAAGUAUGGCCUACUCAUGCGCAGUGUUUAAGACUACCGAUGAAGACUUGAAGAACGCGCAGCUUAGGAAAAUCGAUAUGUUGAUUGAGAAGGCAAGAAUUAAUAAGGAGCAUCACGUGUUAGAGAUUGGAUGCGGUUGGGGAAGUUUGGCAAUUGAAAUUGUCAAAAGAACAGGAUGCAAAUACACUGGCAUAACUCUAUCCGAAAAACAGCUUCAAUAUGCAGAAUUGAAAGUGAAAGAAGCUGGCUUGCAGGAUCAAAUCAAGUUCCUUUUAUGCGAUUAUCGACAAUUGCCUGAAGCUGUGGGGCAUGAGUACAUGGAGGAAUUCUUCAGAUGCUGCGAAACUGCAUUAGCAGAUAAUGGUCUCUUUGUUCUUCAGUUCAUAUCGAUAGCCGAUGAGAAAUACGACGAAUACAGGCUUAGCCAAGGCUUCAUCAAAGAAUACAUAUUCCCUGGUGGAUGCUUGCCUUCACUUAGCCGAGUGACGUCUGCCAUGGCUACUGCAUCAAGAUUAAGUGUGUCGCACUUGGAAGACAUCGGAAUCCAUUACUAUCAGACGUUAAGGUGUUGGAGGGAAAAUCUCCUCAUAAAUCAAAAUAAAAUCUUGGCUCUGGGAUUUGAUGACAAGUUCAUGCGGACAUGGGAAUAUUACUUUGACUACUGUGCUGCUGGUUUCAAAUUGCGUGUUCUUGGAACUUACCAGAUUGUAUUCAGUCGACCUGGAGAUGUUGCUGCAUUUGGCUGUGAUCCACUCACAAGCGCACCAUUCUAAUCCAACGGCAAUAUACCAACAAGUGUAUUAUUAUUAUUAUUAUUUUUAU